AUGCAAACAAUCAGUUUCUUAGGCUUUCGUGUUUUUGCAGCAGGAGUCCAACCAGAUCCGGCUAAGAUCGAGGCGAUUCAGCGGUGGCCGCUACCGCUGUACACGCGGACGGACGUUCAGAAGUUCCUCGGGCUCGCCUCAUACUAUCGCAAUUUCAUUCCGGGGUUCGCUCGCAUUGCUGCCCCUCUAACUGAUCUCCUCAAGAAGGAAAAGCAGUUUAUUUGGACAGAGAACGAGGAUGAAGCCGCCCGACGCCUAAUCGGGCACCUGACAUCAUCCCCAGUACUCGCGCUCCCUGAUUUUGAUAAACCCUUUUUCCUUACGACCGAUGCCAGUGACGCUGCAGUCGGGGUUAUGCUCUCUCAUCAGGCUAUUGGUUCGAAAAAGCACCAAAUAAUCGCUUGCUACUCGCACCGCUUCACAGAAAGGGAGCAAAAGUAUCCGGUCAGGGAAAAGGAGCUUUACGCGGUCUGGUGGGGCGUUAAAAAGUGCCGACACUACCUGUACGGCAGGCACUUUACGGUUCAGACCGAUCACCAAUCAUUGACACACUUGACGAAGAGUUUUCAAGACUAUGACAACGAAAGAGUUGUUCGGUGGCUUUCCCGGCUCACGCAGUAUGACUUCACCGUCAAGUAUAUCAAGGGCAUCACCAACGUGGUCGCCGACGCACUCUCCAGACCCCCUACAGUCAGCUUCAACCCGGGCGACUUGGUUCUGGUGGAUUCGCACGCCCUCCGUAGCGCGCAGGAGGGCGAGCAACCCAAAAAGUUCGCCAGACGAUGGGUUGAACCGUUUGCGGUCCACUAUCGGGUCAACGCGUUGGCGUACAUCAUCGAUAUACCCUCAACGUGGAGAUGUCACCACAUUAUUAACGUGGGCUCCUUAAAACAGUCUCGGGAAUCCCCGCGGUUCCCUCGCACUCUAGCGAGGAAACCGCAGCAACGACCUCGCGAGCUUCCCCGCCUCGAGGACACAGAGAUUCUCGAAGUGCGGAUUAACGCCCGCCGCAGCCAUCGGAAGCGCGAAUAUUACGUCAAAUGGCCGGGCACACGUGAUCCCGAGUGGGCUUCGUAG